CCCUUCCGCCCCACUGAGGGGCGGGGUGGAUUGCCUUGCCUCGCCCCUCACGCCUGCCCUACCGGCUGGCCGAAGGGAACCGCCGCUGUUGCCGCCGGUCCGUCUGCGUGGGAUGGGGCUGGCUCGCCGCGGAGGGAGAGCAGGCUCUUCGGCGCGGGCUCCGUCCGCCCGGGCGUAAGCGCGGAAGAGAAAAUGGAAGGCAACGGCUCCCUUUGCAUCCAGCGUUGGUCUACCAGACACGUAGCCAAGUGGCUGAAGCAAGAAGGAUUUUGUGAGUAUGUGGACAUUCUGUGUGAUAAGCACCGGCUGGAUGGCAUCACACUGUUGACUCUGACGGAAUAUGACUUGCGGUCCCCUCCCUUGGAGAUCAAGGUUUUGGGGGACAUCAAGCGGCUGAUGCUGUCCAUACGGAAGCUGCAGAAGCAUCAUGUGGACAUUUUGGAGGAGCUGGGCUACAGCAGCGAGACCCCAAUUGGGUCCCUGUCCCCCGUGACCGGCUGCGCCCAAGGCAGGGAAUGGUUUUGCAAUGGCGAAGUGCAGCGGGACUGCGAUGACUUUGAAUCCGUGUCCGAGCUGAACGCUGAGCAGUACCAGUACACCAACGGGAAAGGCAAGCAUUCUCCAAGGAGGCUGAACCCUGAAUAUUGGAAGACAGCUCUGAGCUGCAUCUAUGUCUUCAUUGUGUUUGGCUUCACCUCCUUUGUCAUGGUCAUUGUGCACGAGCGGGUACCCGAUAUGCAGACCUACCCACCGCUACCAGACAUAUUCCUGGACAGUGUCCCUAGAAUCCCGUGGGCUUUUGCCAUGACCGAAGUAUGUGGAGUGAUUCUCUGCUACAUCUGGUUGCUGGUUCUCCUCCUUCACAGGCACAGAUCUAUCCUUUUGCGACGACUAUGCAGCCUGAUGGGAACUGUGUUCUUGUUACGUUGUGUAACAAUGUUUGUGACCUCACUGUCAGUGCCGGGACAACAUUUGCAGUGUUCUGGAAAGUUAUAUGGCAAUGUGUGGGCAAAACUUCAGCGAGCCUUUGCUAUUUGGAGUGGAUUUGGCAUGACGUUAACAGGAGUACACACCUGUGGAGACUAUAUGUUCAGUGGCCAUACUGUUGUCCUGACUAUGCUGAACUUUUUUGUUACUGAAUAUACCCCAAGAAGCUGGAACUUUUUGCAUACGUUGUCUUGGGUGCUGAAUCUGUUUGGGAUCUUCUUCAUUUUGGCUGCUCACGAACACUACUCCAUCGAUGUCUUCAUUGCCUUUUACAUCACUACAAGACUCUUCCUGUACUAUCACACACUGGCAAAUACAAGAGCCUAUCAACAAAGCCGGAGAGCCAGAAUCUGGUUUCCCAUGUUCUCCUUUUUUGAAUGCAAUGUCAACGGUACAGUCCCAAAUGAAUAUUGCUGGCCCUUUUCAAAGCCAACCCUAUUGAAAAGGUUAAUCGGCUAAAGAACAUCCAGCUUAAUUCACAUCUGUAUGAAGCACUUACAAUUAAACCUCCUUCAAGAAACGCUGGGCAGGAAGGGUUGUUUUCACCCAUAGCCUCUCCUCUGGCCUUGUUCAUCCUCUCCUGGCUUACAAGGUUCAGAGGAGACAUAUUUUUCUUUAAAACAUCAACAAUGUUCAGGCAAAGUUGUUAAGCUAUAACAAAGUUCUGCAUGGAUAUGGUGAGGUGAAACGGCCGGUUCAGCAAAACUUACAGCUUUCUUGUGGGGAGGAUCUUAAAUUGAUCUUGGCUGCAGGAAUAACUUCAGAUCCAGGUACUACCUGAGCAUGCUCUGGGGUCUGUUUGCACAUCAUGGAUAACCAUAAGUAGUUUUGAGUAUUGAGUUUCUGGUUUGCACCCUCUAGAUGGCCUUUGACUUCGGUGUGGAUUCUGCUCAUGACUUAUUAAAGCCAUUUUGAAUGGUAGGCACAUGGUUCGAAGGCAAGAUUUACAGUCUGGAUGGAAAUAAUAGCAAUUUUAAAAGCCGCGUAACAUCCUGCAGUUGAACAGUAUGUUUCAACAUGAAAAAUGGCAAGCGAGCGAGCAAUGGAACUGUCUUGCUCAGAUUGCUUGUGGAAAGCAAUAAUGCGUGCAGGUAGGGCUCUGGUAGAGUGCAUUCGUGCUGAACUAUGUAAUGCUUAAAUGUGAUGUGCAAGCACGUACAUCGUAUCUCGGACAGAUACUAAUACUGACAAAAAGGUCACAACCGUUCAGUAAUUGGCUCUCAAUAUUUAUUUUAGCAAAUAAAAAAGUUGGGGAACAUUCACCCAGGGACAUAAGUUUUCCAAAGCCUUAAAAGUAUGAAAAAUAUAUACGCUGUAUUAAUCAAAAGGGGCAAACUUAGCAUUUCUGGUGAACGAUGCUAAAACUCUGAACAGGCUUGACUGACUUAAGAUAAACAAAUUAAUGUCCUCCGGAGGUCCUGAGUGUUUACAUUUCAUCAAACUGGUAAGAAAUAUAUGAAAAAUGAGGUGGGUUGAGAUUUUGUGCCACAACUCUUUCAAAAGUGCAGUAUUAAAACACUUAUUUAAAUCCGUGCAUGCUUUUUACACAUUGAUGUUAGGGGGAUAGUAAUCCUGUUAAAUUGGGAGGCGAGUAAUAAGAUCACGUCGAAUAAAGGCAGGAAGUUUUGCUUGAGGGACAUGGGUGAUGCACCAAACUCUGGUUUUGGAUAGAAGCCCAUUUCCCUUCCCUUCACUAAUAGCCUUCAAAAAUACGCGACACUGAAGAAGUUCAAAUUUAAUCAGCUACUUAAGAAACUUUUGAAAUGCUUCUUGGUUAGAGGUUAAGCAAUGGAAGUUUGGUGGUUUCAGUCACUGACACUUUUUGAUGAAUGGACCAAUGGCCGAAAGUAAGAAAACAAGCGAAACACUUCGCACUUGGGGCUCCUGGAAAACCUCCUUAUUUUUCUCUCUCUCUGAUGCCUACCUUUCAGAAAACUUAUUCAGAUCUGUUCUUGAUCUUUUAAACUGUCCACUCAGUUUAAAGCUGAGCGUCCCAAUGGCCUAAAAAUUGUGUAUUAAAAGAAGACUAUUUUAAACCUGGAAUGCAAGGUUUGGUCAUUCCCAUUGUGCAAAUUAGUAUGUCACUGUUCGAAGUUGUCCGCAGCUGGAUGUGCAUGUGGAUGAUUUAUAAUCCAUUUCUAAUUUAGAUUUUUAAACUUGACAGUUUUGAAAGUUGUGGUCAAGUCAGUUAUAUAGUCUUAGUAACUUCAUAGGGGGCAGUGAGUUUCACCAACCCGAAAUAGUCUGUCUGUCCUUUUGCUUGAAUACUUUUCACUAACCAACACUGAAUUUUCUGGUGGAACUCCGAUGAGACAACAUAGCCCAGUUGCAACCUUUUUGCAGUGCUUUCUUCUGAUUGCUAAAUUCCAGUCUCACACACGGAGAACUGUUUCUAGAGCUGUGAAUUGGCAGGUUAGAGACCGUGAAUGCAUUCUUUAUUUUUUGUGCUCUGUGCUGAAAAGAGAUGAAUACUGGUAGGUGUAAAAAUACAGGGCUUCACUUCGAAUUUCAAGAAAUCUUACCAAAAAAUAUACUGAAAUAAUGUUAAGAGCACAUAAAGUAUUAUUAAUCUCUACCUUAAAAAGUAUUUUCACC